AGGUACCGUACCCAUAUAUAUACUCGAAUAUAUUAAGUGUAUAAUCUAUGACCGUACCUACCUAGGUAUUGAGUCAGGAAUACCGUAGUUCUUUUACUGAUUCAGAAAACUAAAUGUAUUUGCCUUUACACGAUGUUUCUGAAACAAAAUAUUACUUUCGUAUUUCAGCAAAAGUGUGCUUCCUUACCGUUUCAGUACCAUUAGUUGCUUUCCUUUGUUGUGUGAUAAUAACGAUGGUUAAAGAUUUUGAAGAAGCGAAUAAUACACACUGUAAAGUGCCAAAUAUAUUUCCCUCAAUAUCAGCGUCUGUUGGUAACUUCGAACCCCAAAGUACGAUAUGGAAAACCGCAAUUUACAUACAUGCACCUCUCAGGUUUUACAUUAUAUCGUUGCGAUGGAAAUAUUAUAAAAAGGUUAUUAGAUCCGAAUGUUUAUUUUUAGUUAAUUUAGCUGUAACUCUAAAUGUGCUGGAAAACCUGUCCCUACUAGGCUUAACACACUGGACAUCUUCUAGCAAUUAUCCAUAUCAUGAAUCUUGUUUCAAAACAUUCAUUGGUGCAUCAGUAUUCUAUAUGCUAUUAACAUGCAUUAUGCUUUCAAAUUGUCGUCGGAGAUCUAAGUUAACAAAUAAAGAGAAAUACUCAGUUAAGUUGAAAUGGAGAGCUUUCUCUCUUAAUGUUACUUCAUUUGCAUGUGCAGCAAUAUUCUUUUUAAGGCACAAUAGAUUCUGUGAGCCUUAUGUCUACUCAAUGUUUGGUUUUUCGGAGUACAUAGUAGUUAUGAGCAACAUUUUAUUCCACUUAACAAGUGUGUACGAUCUUCAAAUAAAGUUCAUUUAUUUGACAAAAAGAGGCCUGAUAACUGAGUAAUAGUAGAUCGGGAAAGAGGAAAAGAUUAUGAGAAUAUACUACAUCAAAUAACUUCAAAUUGAAACUAUUGCAACUUUAAUUAGAAUAUAAUUUUAAUUUCAACAAUUAUAAUUAAUUACAAUAAUAGAAAACUUAUUCAAUAAUUAGCUUAUUCAAACCAAUGGUUGAAGGCUGUGAAAAAGGUUGCUAAAGUGCAAUUUACAUUUUUAAUAUGUGUUUAGAUUGUAGGGAAAUGUCACCAUGUUCUAGAAUAACAAUAUUUUAAUGGAAAACAAAGGAAAGAGUAAAUAUAUAAAUACUUUUACAAUGAGAAAACCUCAUUAUAAUAAGCUCAUUUCCUGUUUCAUUAACCAACACCUCGGCAUUUAAAUUUACUUGAAGUAACCUAUUCCUCUUGUUUUUUUAUAAAAUUUACGAAAGGAAAGCUGACAGUCCCCAAGAGAACAAUAGCCCAACAAUCCAAACUAAAAAAUAAAUAAAUUACAAACAAGAUGAGAAUAUUGUACUUUAAUACAAACUUCACUGUUUUUUCUUGAUUUAUUUGUAAAUUGAGUUUGACAUCAUUGGCAUUUUCUUUCAAAAGCAGCUGUCAAUUACUAACAAAAUGAUGCAGCAAUUAAUGUCGUACUCUUCCUAAACAGGCAUAGUACAAACAUCACAAUCACUGCAUAAAUGCAGCACCGCAGUGGUUUUGAACUGUUUAAUAUUUACUAACAUACGGUUGGUACGCCAGCCUGAGAAAUGACAAUUUUCUUUAGAAAAAAACAGCAAUUUAAUUUAAAAUAUUUCAUUGGUUCUUAAAUUUAUUCAUCUCAAAAAUUAGAUGUGUAUUGGAUUUAUGAAAUUUUGAAAUCAAUGAUAGAUAAUCAGCGGACUUAAUUUGUUGAUAAAUAAGUAUGGUAUCUAAUCUAACUUGAACUUAUUUCAGGAUUUUUAACAAAAAUGAAUCAUUCGAAAUGCCUUUAAAAGAACAUUAAAUUUAUUAAUUCAGAUCCGGUAUUAUAUUUAAUAAUAUUUGAUAUGAGCAGUUAUUAGUUUUAUAUUUAAAAAUAACAUAGUACAUACCUCUGUUCAAUUAAAAUGCUUUCUAGAAAAUGUAAAAUAUGAAAAUAAUCAUGUUACAAACUUAUUUAAAAGCAAAUUUAACAGAUUAAAAAAAAAAAAAAAGCUGUACUUAUUUGUAAAUUCAGUAUUUAUUUUUGGAUUUUAGCACCAUUUAGUUUUGAGUAAUAAAUUUUAAAUGCGUAUUUUACAUUUUAUGACCAUAAAUCUGUUUACUUUUAAUAGCCAUUAUUUAAUUUUAGCCAUGCCUAUUUCAGUCUUUGAUUACUUAUUGUAUAAAAAUUCGUUCACAAAUAUUGUGAAGUGCUAAAAAUAAAUAAUGGAUAAUAGAACUUCAAUGAUUAACAAGUGCAGAAUUUUUUUUCGAUUUCCGCGAGUCAUCGACAUGUUUAAAAUAAAAUUUAAUCAUUCUGAUAUUAUCAAUAUUUUUUUAUAUCAUUCCUACUGCUAUAUUAAAACGAUGGAUGAAUUAAGUUGAUUUUUGCCUAUUUUUAUUGAGAUACUUAAAUAUACAAAUGUACAUUUGAAUUAAUAUGACAUACAUUCAACUAAGACUGAAAUUGUGUUGUAGUUUGGGGAUGGUGAACUGAUGUCACCCGACUAUAUAUCGCACCUUUGGAAUCAUAGAAAUUCAUUUCCAAAUUUUUAAAUUUCAACUUUAAUUCAAAAAUGUACUUAGAACGACCCUUUUCAGCGACUACUAAUAAAAUGUCCAAAAGCAGCAUAAAAGGUACAAACUUAUCCAUCGGUCUCUUUCACUUUGUCCCCUUCCUCAACGUCUUUUCGGUUUGGAAACUUUAUUCGAUCUUUUCCAAAAAACACAUUUUUUGAGUUGGGUUUAUAAUUCUAAAGGUGCGAUAUGGUCACUGAACAAUUUUAGUUCAUAACUAAUUUCACUAUGAUGAAUUACGAACAAAAGCGAUUGAGCUGUAGCCGUAGACGAACGUAUAUAAUUAUGUCAAUUUUAAAGAUGAAUUUUAAUUCACUUAUAAAUUGAUUGCCGGUGACUAAUUCAGCGUACAUUCUGCUAAUUACAUGAAUACUUAGUUUAAAAUGUAAAUAAAAACGCAUGAAUAACAAUGAAAGUAACAAUGUAUUUUUAUCAUGCUGAAAAUUGUCGAGAUAAAGCGAACUUUUAGGGUGCCAUUCCACCGGAGCGGAGAAACGGAGAAAUAUUAACCAAUAAGAUUGCACAAAAUCAUUUUGCAAUCUUAUGAUUUUGAUUUUGUGCAAUCUUAUUGGUUAGUAUUUCUCCGUUUCUCCGCUCCGCUCCGGUGGACAGGCAGCCUUAAAAUUGUAUUGUCGUAGAUCCAUGCGUGUGCAAAUUUUCAAAUUAAUCGCACGUCUUGAGAUCGGUGAAAAUAACGUUUAAAAAUUACACUACGUGUUACACCAAGCUAUUAACAACGUGUUAAAAUAACGGCUGCUAAAAAAUGUUACUAUUUAGUUUAAUUUAGGCAAUUUUAUUUUUCCGAUAAUCACAAAGUCCAUACCGCGUUUAUGGUCAUUUAAAAUUUUUUGGUAUGUAAAUCUAUAAAUGUUCGCCAUCCCCAUUGUAGGUUGUAAAUGUGAAAUUUAAAAAGCAAUGUAUAUUUUUAUUACACCUUUAUAUGUAAUUUAUUCGCCAUUUUUUAUUAUUUGGUUCGUAAAAAAAUAUGUAUUUUUUAAAUCAAUUAUCAUUAUAUUAACAGGAAUCUGGCUGGUUGUGGUUUAAUUCACUAAAUAUGUGUUCUGAAGUUUUCCAUGAAACUAUGUACAUAUUAGUAAAUUAUAAUAUUCACUAAGGAAAAAUGUGAAGCAUAUAAAGCUUGUUUUGUAGUUUUUUAAGCUUCACAUUUUUUCCUUUUCGAAUUCAUUUUUCAUAUUUUAUGACAUUAACCUAGUCACAAAUAUGUACAACAAUAAUAAUUAUUUAAUAAAAUAAGUUAAAUAUCUUGUAACGUAAUAAAAUUAUGUAAUAAUAACACUUGAACAACUUUCAAUUUACAGAGAUAUUUUGAAAAAAAAAAGACAAAUUAUCUAUUGUAUGUACAUAAUAUAUGAGUCGACUAUUAUCAAAGGCGGCAAUCUGACUUUUGGACAAUGAUUGGUAAAUCAGAAAAACGAAUUAUUGACUUUGUAUUCCAUUGGCAGUCACAAAACUCUUCGGAACGACAUCUUAGAUAAAUAACAGGUUAACUAUUAACCUUUAUUUAAUGCAGGUUUUGAACCGUAUUCUUUGAAGGAGACGAUUAUAUUCAAAUAAAUCUGUAUUGACAUAUCAAUAAAAAAUUUUUGUCCAAAUGUACAGAUUGCCGCCUUUGAUAAUAGACGACUCAUAUGUCGGGCAUUACAUGAACUUACAUGAGUUAUCCAACGAGUAACAGGUUAAUUUAGAUUAUUGAGAGAUUCUUAAAAGUUUGCUUGAGAAUGAAAUAUAACAAUAUAUUCAAAAACGGUUAUUAGACAAAACAUUUAAACCUAAUUCUAUCAGAGUUAUAGAAUCUUCAUAUAAAAAUAACAAUUAUGUACUGAAAAUAAUAAAGUUACGUUUUCAUAUUUUAAA